AUGACAGAACAGCGAGCAUCCGAAGAAUCUGCUGCAUCCGCCAAGGGGGAAGAGUCCAGAUAUGGUGGAGAGUACAAUGAGGAUUGGAGCCACGGUCCUGCGCGACUGGAAAAUGUAUUGAAACAUAGUCUCAGGCUGUACAAAUACGUUGAGGAACAGAAAGCAGUGGACAAAGAAGAGUAUCAGCGCAAAUUGAAGAUCACAAUGGCAAAUCUCUGUGACAAGAGCGCGCAUGUAAGUACAAGACAAAAUCAAGAAUAUGCUGUCCAAGUGACAAACGCAUUUGGAAUGAAUCACAGAAGAUCGGCACGAGAGAAACAGUAA